AUUUGCGGAGACAGAAGAGAGAGACCAUUCAAUUUUGAAAAAUUGUGAUGAUGGGGACACUUUGGUUUGGAGAUUUCAAGAAACAAGCCUCUUCGUUUCUUCAGGACAAGUACAAUGUUGCUAGACUUGUCCUCACCGAUGUUACCGAAGUUGAGCUGUUAGUAGAAGAGGUGACAAAUGAUGAUCCUAUUUCACCAAACGCUAAAACGAUGACGAAAAUAGCCGAGGCAUCGUUCAAUACAGUGGACUAUUGGAGAAUUGUUGAUGUUCUUCAUAGAAAAAUAGGGAAAGAGAAAGGGGAGAUGAAGAAGUGGAGAGAAGCAUACAAGGCAAUGGUGUUGUUGGAGUUCUUGUUAACGCAUGGACCUCUUCAUUUGCCUCAUGAUUUUAUUUAUGACUUGGAUCAUUUUCGAUUUCUCUCUACUUUCCAAUACAUCGACGAUAAUGGAUUUGAUUGGGGAGCUCAAGUUCAGAAAAAGGCGGAUCAAAUUCAAACUCUUCUUUUAGGAAAAGAAGAAUUAAGAGAAGCUCGUCUUAAAGCUCUCAGAAUCACCUCUCAAAUCAGUGGCUUCGGUAACUCCACUUCCUUUUCUCCUUCUCCAUCUCCAUCUAACUCAUUCUCUCUUUGGAGAAGCUCCAAUUCAAUACCAACUCAAAGGAACAACCCUUUAUCCGAGUCCGAUUCAUUAAUCGACGACAAAAACAAGCUCGCGGAGAACGAUCUAGCCAACGAAGAGACGCUAAUCAGCGGAAUCUGCACCAAACUCGCCGGAUUUAGCCCUCUCAAGAACUUGCACAUUGGUCAUACUAGGGCGGCAAAAUUUCAAACGUUAUCGAACGUUGAGAUAGUUUCAAGUAAAUGUUACGAUCGUCGCAGUUCUAUUGGCUACUAAAA